AUGGCCCAAAUUGAGGAUAAAAGUAGGAAACUAGACUGCAUACCAAUUUGUCCUUUAUUCGACGCUGGUCGCCAGUGUACAAGAGGUACCAUGUGUCUAUACCGCCAUGAGAUCAACAGAGGCUUAGAUUGUCAUGGUCGUUCUGGGUUAGAAAACCCAUUUGUACUCGAGGUGCUUGCAAGAGCUUGUAACACGGGCCCUUUGAAACCACCAGAGGAUCAAAGUAUUAAAACUCUUUACAUCCGUAGACUUAUUAACUCCAGUGUCCUCGAGCAGGACAUCCGAGACCAUUUCUGCCCCUAUGGUGAAAUCGAAUCUAUUGUUAUCUUCCCCCACCGAGGAGGAGGCACCUGUGCCUUCCUCACUUACACUACCCGUCUAGCUGCUGAGAAGGCCAUGCUUGAGCUCUCCUCCUGGACUGACAUCAAAGGCCAGAGGGUUAAACUCUUGUGGGGACCUACUGAAAAAUGGCAGCACAAAAUGACUGGUGCUGCCAUUUCUUCAACCCAAGAGGUUGGUUCUUCUAGCUCCAAUACUGCUGACUUGGUAACUAAAUUAGUACAUUCUCUAGAAAAGCUUUAAUUAAAC